UUCGUUUACCAAGAGCUGUUGGAAAUGUCGAAGGCACAGGUGCCAUGGCGCAAGCUCACCGGAGACUACGUUUCCGUGACCGAGGCAGCAGGGAAGAAAAUCCUAGAGGUCUCCAGCGAGGCCCUGACGCUCUUGUCCGACACCGCCAUGCGAGACAUCGCCCACUUGCUGCGGCCUGGGCACCUGAAGCAGCUGGCUAACAUCCUGAAGGACCCCGAGGCAUCGUCCAACGACCGUUUCGUGGCUCUUGAGCUGCUGAAGAACGCCAACGUGGCCGCGGGGUUUGUACUGCCGGGCUGCCAGGACACGGGUACAGCCACUGUAAUGGGCAAGCGGGGGCAGUACGUGUGGACGGAUGGGCGAGACGAGGAAGCCAUCAGCCGGGGCGUGUUCCGGGCCUACACCGCCACUAACCUGCGCUACUCCCAGGUUGCCCCUGUAGAUAUGUUUACCGAGAAGAACACGGGCACCAACCUGCCCGCACAGAUUGACCUAUUUGCAGCGCCCGGCAACACGUACGACUUUUUGUUCAUCGCCAAGGGCGGCGGCUCCGCCAACAAGACCAGUCUGUACCAGCAGACCAAGGCUCUGCUGAACGAGGCCUCGCUCAAGUCCUUCCUGGUGGAUAAGAUCAAGAGCCUGGGCACCGCCGCCUGCCCGCCCUACCACCUGGCCAUCGUCAUUGGCGGACUCAGCGCGGAGCUCAACCUCAAGGUCGUCAAGCUGGCGAGCACACGCUAUUUGGACACGCUGCCCACCAGCGGUAACGCCUACGGUCGGGCUUUCCGCGACCUGGAGUGGGAGGAGAAGGUGCUCGCCAUAACGCGGGAGCUUGGCAUCGGGGCGCAGUUUGGUGGCAAGUACUUUUGCCACGACGUGCGGGUCAUCCGCCUGCCGCGUCAUGGCGCGUCGUGCCCCGUUGGCGUCGGGGUCUCGUGCUCUGCAGACCGUCAGGCUCUUGGUAAGAUCACUUCGGAAGGCGUCUUCCUGGAGCAGCUGGAGACCAACCCCGGGCAGUACCUUCCUGAUGUGACGGAGGACUCGCUGAGCGCUGAUGUGGUCAAGGUGGACCUGAACCGGCCCAUGAGGGCCAUCUUGGAGCAGCUCAGCUCGCACCCGGUGCGCACUCGCCUCAGCCUGACCGGCACGCUGGUGGUGGCGCGGGACAUUGCACAUGCCAAGCUGCAGGAGCGUCUGGCGGCGGGUCAGGGCUUGCCGCAGUACAUCAAGGACCACAUCAUCUACUACGCGGGCCCAGCCAAGACGCCUGAGGGCUAUGCGAGCGGCAGCUUUGGACCCACCACAGCCGGCCGUAUGGACAGCUACGUGGACGGCUUCAUGGCAGCGGGCGGCUCCCUGGUGACUCUGGCCAAGGGCAACCGGAGCAAGGUGGUCACGGAGGCCUGCAAGAAGCACGGCGGUUUCUACCUGGGGUCCAUCGGCGGUCCCGCAGCUAUUCUGGCCCAGAACUGCAUUAAGAAGGUGGAGGUGCUCGAGUACCCGGAGCUGGGCAUGGAGGCCAUCUGGAAGAUCGACGUGGUGGACUUCCCCGCCUUCAUCGUCGUGGACAACAAGGGCAACGACUUCUUCAAGGCGUGGCAGGCGUGAGGCGGCCACCAGAAGCCGGCUAUGGCAAAGUGACUACGAUGCGUUGCCUCUGGGCCUCCAGCCCUCCGAUCACGUGACCUUCGAGCUGUCAAACAAUCAACGACGAGCCCUCAGUGCUCGGCAGCGGCUGUGGCAGCGGAUUGGCACAGGACGAGACGAAGCUGGGCGUGACGGGUAAGGGCUGAUUCACGAUGAUUGGCAGGGUUAUGUGGGAUGCUCUCCUGCGGGCGCAGCAGGAGUGGUUGAGGCGGCGAAGCUUUGCCCCUUGGCUUACAACUUGUAGGGUUUGUGUAGACGAACCUUUUCGAGGCUUGGCUUGGUGAAUAGACGGAAUAGAAUAGGCAUGCAGUGCUGUGGUAUAGGUGUGCUGGUGACUCGACUGUGACCAUUCUUUCUCAUUUUGGGGAGGGGUCCGGGGUGAGGUAUGUUGAUCGUCUGAUGGAGACUAACGAACCCGUUCGUUAGCGCAAAUGGUUUAGGCUUAUGGCGUGCGACUCCCGCGGUUCUGAUGCAGCUGAAUGAUAUUUCAUUUCAGUGUGGCCAAGUUGCAAGCGCGGGAUGGAGAAGAGCAGGAGGAUUAGGAAGGGCCAUACGCUGCUACACAGAGGCCUGGACUUUGUUGGGGGGGACUUUUGGGGCCGAUGCCGAGCUCCAGAAAGCUCCGGCUCUGUAGCUGCCCCUGUAGCACACAUGACACAGGUAACAUCUUAUGGGCACAUACUGCCAACCUGAGGGUCGGGGGUUGGCAGCGCCAUGGGAUUCAGCGGCCUCAACUUCGGUGCGUCUGGCAAUCGCAAAACGUCGUGUGGGGGAGGAGGCAACGUGAUAUUUGGCGGGAAGCAACAGCCGUUUACCCGAACCUGGUCCUGGUGGCAUGUUUGACUUUUUGGCGACCAUUUCAUUAGUGAUCAACACGUAUUGUCGCAUGUAAUUGGCAAGUGCAUACGUGAACUGGGGUAUGUGAUGACAUUAGAUUGUAAUAUAGGCUGCCGUGUG